AUGACCGAACUAGCCAGCACCAUCCCGAACUGCACGUCGUCAGGACUCUCAACGUCUGAGAAAGAUCAACUGCUUCGAUCUCUCGAUAUUUGCGCCACGCCAGCUCCUACUCCCGCGUCUACAGCAUCAACAAUCAACUGUACGAGCGCAGAAGCUGAAGCCACGUUCAACGCCUCCUACGAAGCCGCCAAUGGCACGUGUGCCAGCUCCACGAACAUGGAACAAUACAGCAUCAUCAUCGACACCGAGUGCACCUCUCCAUGUGCUCAAGCCGUACGAGAUUUCGCUCAUACCUUACCGAGCUGCUACUACCGAUUAUCGAACGAAAACACCAACAAGAAGCAAGAUAUCGCUACACAAUUCAGCUACUGCGAGACGCUGAGCAACGCUACAAAUAUCAGUAUUUACGCUGAUUCCGUCGAUAAUCUCUUAGGUUCUACAGCUGGCGUGGCGACGUCGUGUGUGAAGGACGCGUCCAUUUGUGCCUACAAUAUCCACGUGAACACCGACUGCGAUUCCCCGUGCGGCCGACGCGUUCGACGUCUCAGAUACGACUUGGUAUCAAUGCGAAUGGAUCGUCAGCCCAGUGGAUAUUUCCUUUAG